AUACGACGUAGCUACCACUGUCAAGAUCUGGCCUAGUGACUACUGUUGUAAAACUUCCUUGAUUAUGAUACACAUGAUCAUGAUGUUCUAAGAUGUACAAUCCUUUUGAAGACAUUCAGGAUCAACGGCACUCACGGAGGGGAAAUAACCAUUCUCAAUUUGUGUUUAAUCGUAACAGAUCAAAUUCUAGAUCAGGUGAAGGUGGCUCAGGUGACAUGGGUGGAAGGGGUGAGAGAGGGGGUAGAGGUGGCAGAGGAGGUGGAUGUGGGUUUCGUGGACAGAACAGAGGAUCUAGUGGACAAAGACAAAAUGAUGGACAGAAUGAGGGUAGAACAUAUGGUAGCAGAAGAGAUGAUUCAGAGACAAGAGCUGGAAGUGGAACUCAAGCUAGAGCUGACCAGGGCAACAGGCGAGGAGGAUAUAGAGGAAAUGAGAGAGGAAGUAGAGAAGAACGUGCCCAGCGACCCAUGACCUACGGCAGGCUGAAGACCUGGGCAGAGACACAGGAUGCAGGGCAGCUUAUCUUGUUUAUGGCAUCAGAGAAACAGCAGCUGGAGUCAUUUCUAAUGGGGGAAAAGAUCAAGGAAGAUUGGUUAACUUUGUUAGUGAAAGCUGUCAAUCAUGGUAUCACAGCCCAGCAUCAAAAAGAGUCAAUCAAGCAAGUUUUGGAGGUGCUUUGUAAAAGUCGUUUCUUUGAUCAACAUCUUGUGAUUUAUACAAUUGACAAACAAGAUUCCUAUUGGCCGGAUGCUUGUGAUUUCUUUACAUGUAUGACAAAUAUUAUAAAAGAAAUUUUGGAAAAACUUCCAAAGUUUUCCAUUAAAUGCGUAAGUGCAACAACAAAUAUAUUAAACUCAGCUUGCGCAGUAGAAUCUGUUAGAGAAAACAAAGCUCUAAUUGAUACCAUUAAACUGCUUUUCAGUCAAUCAAAAGAAGGUCUUAAAUUAGCUAAAGAAAAGGAUAAUGAGAGAGGGCAAGCACAACGAGGAUCUUUCGCUAAGGCAGGUCAAGAUGAAAAACCCCCGGAUAAUUUUCUAGACCUGCAAGUUGUACCAACAAAACUUGACUUACAGGCAGACGCCAAGCCAUUUGUGAGGUGUGCAGUAGUAGAUGGAGCUUAUGAAAGUGUACAUGACUACCUAGAUAUACAGUUCAGACUCAUGCGUCAAGAUUUUAUUCUGCCACUAAGACUUGGAAUUAAUGAAUUCAAGAAAAAUGGUUGCAAGGUAAAUUUCAACAGCUCAGAUUUAAGGAUGUAUUACAAUGUACACAUAGUGGGCACAGUAUUCAAGGAUGGGAUUGAUCAUAUUUUGCAAUUUGAUGUAUCAAAACUAGGCUCUGUAAAGUGGGAGUUCUCAAAACGCUUGAUCUUUGGCUCCCUGCUGUGUUUAUCAAAAGACAACUUUGAAACUGUGAUCUUUGCUACGGUGGCACAUCACGACGCUGCACAGCUGGCUAAAGGAAAUGUGACUGUCAAUGUUAAAAGUGGACUUGAUAUCGUAUUCAACUCCACCUCCAGUGAUGUUUUUGUCAUGGCAGAAACAACUGCUUAUUUUGAAUCUUAUGUUCAUGUUCUGGAAGGGCUUCAAGAGAUGGCUAAAAAUCUUCCACUGCAAGAUUACCUGAUCUCUUGCAAAAAAGAUGUGAAGCCACCAAAGUAUUUGCUUCCUUCUGGUGGUAUUAGGACUGUACCAGUGUAUAACUUGUCUAGUCUUUUGAUAAACCCAGGUUUUAUGGACUCGUUUCCUGUGUUAACUACUGUCAGGUGGCCUCCAGCUGUAAACAUGUGUUUAAACACAUCUCAGAGAGAAGCGGCCAUGGCUGCUUUGACCAAGGAAAUAGCUGUCAUCCAGGGCCCACCUGGUACAGGUAAAACCUACGUGGGGUUGAAGGUCAUGCAGGUUCUGAUAGAAAACAAAAACGUCAUGGCUGGGAAUUUAGAAAACCAAGAUGACCCCAUCCUUGUUGUCUGCUAUACCAACCACGCCCUGGAUCAGUUUUUGGAAGGUGUUUUAAACUUCUGCAAGGACGGCAUUGUCAGAGUGGGUGGUAAAAACAGCAAUGAAAGCUUAGAAAAAUUUAACAUUAAAUCUCUAAGGCAGAAAGUUAGAAAUGAAAGACUGUUUUCUGAUCGUUCUGUCAGAAAUUCAAAAUAUGAAUGUCUUAAAGAACUGGAAGUAGUCUCAGAAGAAAUCAGCAAGCUGAACAAGACAAUGGACUCCCUCGAGACUGACAUCCAGACGGAGCAGAUUCUGGAGAAUUUCAUGCAAGAUCAACACUUUGAUUCUCUACAGAACAACUGUCCUGAUCCAGGAAGAAGCAGACAGCGCAUGAGGCAAUGGCUGAAUGCUUCCAAUGAUACGCCACAAUCAGCUCUCCCAAAGAUGAUCCAACAGCACAUGACAAAUCUGGUACUACAGGUCAGGGAAGUUUCCCAGGCGAUGCUUCAACAGAAGAUGGAUAUCUGGCAACGUGCAUCUUUGUAUAACUGCUGGCUCUCUAUGUACAAAAGUAGAAUGCAACAAGAAUUUCAGCAAAGUAUGUUUCAUGACCAGAGGCUGGCAGUUGAAAUAAAUAAAAAUUUGGAGGUGUCUCAAACCAAAAUCCUCUCAGAUGACCUCUUACAGUGGGUCCUGCCUGCAUCAGUUUUUAAAGACAUUAGUUCCAUACUAAUAAGUUACAAGUAUAAGCCAGUGUCAGGAUCUUUGGUUGAGGCCUGGGUUCUAGGGUUAUACAACAGUCUAGACAACCAGCUGGAUGAAAUCCAAGUGUUAGCAAGUCGUCUCAAGGGUGAGACAGUAGAUGUUGAUGUUUUUGAUGAGACUGACACUGGGCAACAGGAUCAACAGAAUUUAGUCGAUGAUGAUGAUGACGAUGAUGGCACAGGGAACUAUAAUGCUAAAAUCAACAAUGCCAGGAAUACAUUCAUCUCAGUCAUGCAGCGGGCAGAGAUGAUGGGAAUCAGUGAGGAGAUCAUGAAGGAUGAUGAAAAAGACGAUGGCUGGACAGUAAAAAGCUACACCAAACCCUUGACAUUUGGAAAGAUCCGAAACAAACUUAAAACUGUUGAACCAAUGACAGUAGAAGAAGAAACUAAAAUUUUCAACGUUUGGAAUUUGGACUUAAAUAAAAAAUUUGCCCUUUACAACAGCUGGGUAAAAAGAUACAAGGAAUCACUGACAGAGAAGAUGAUAGAGUUUGUCCAGCGUUACCAGUCAGCGUAUGACAGAAAGAUGGAAGCUAAUAGAGAAGAAACUCUGUAUAUUUUGAAGAAGGCCAAAGUGAUUGGCAUGACAACUACAGGAGCAGCAAAGCACAGGGCUGUUCUCCAGUCUGUUGCUUGCAGAAUAAUUGUUGUAGAGGAGGCAGCCGAGGUAUUGGAGUCACACAUUGUCACAGCACUGAAUAAAGAAUGCAACCAUUUGAUUUUGAUUGGCGACCAUCAGCAGCUGCGGCCAAACCCAACAGUUUACGAGCUGGCCAAGGAUUAUAAACUUGAGAUUUCACUGUUUGAGAGGUUGAUAAACAACAAAGUACCCCAUACACUUCUCAAAGAACAGCACAGAAUGCGUCCAGAAAUCUCUAAAAUAAUGAAGCACAUCUACAACCAUCUUGAGGACCAUAGCUCAGUAUUGAAGUAUGAACAUAUCCGAGGUGUUGGCAAAGAUGUUUUUUUCAUCAAACAUAAGGAGCUGGAAACAAAAGUGGAUGACACACGCAGCAAAGCCAACUCUCAUGAGGCAAAGUACUUGGUUGCUCUCUGUAAGUAUCUCUUGCUGCAAGGUUAUGAGUCCAGUCAGAUCACAAUACUAGCCACCUACACUGGUCAGGUCUUUGCUAUCAAGAAACUGACUCGGGAAAAUAGUCUUCAAGUCAGGGUCACAGCUGUGGACAAUUUCCAGGGGGAGGAGAAUGAUAUCAUCCUCUUGUCUCUUGUUAGAAGUAAUGAGCAAAACAGUGUGGGCUUUUUGAAGGUGGACAACAGAGUAUGUGUGGCUUUGUCUAGGGCGAAGAAAGGUCUCUUUGUUAUUGGAAAUUUUGACUUGUUGUUUAAACACAGUGAACUGUGGAGAAAAAUCAUUAAAACUGCUACAGAAGAUGGCAUAAUUGGUGAGGGUCUUCCAGUUGUGUGCCAGAACCACCCAGAAAUCAAGCAGGAUAUUGUCACUAGUCAGGAUUUUGACAAGUGCCCUGAAGGAGGUUGUGGGAACCCUUGUAAUUUUAGACUGAAUUGUGGCCAUGUCUGUGCUAAAAAAUGCCAUGGGUAUGACUUGGAUCACAAGCAAUAUCAAUGUAAGAAACCAUGCCCAAAGAGAUGUGCUGAGGGGGGUCAUCCAUGUCGACGUAAAUGUUUCCAAGACUGUGGCAACUGUGAAGAGCUUGUCAACAAAAUAAUCCCCAUCUGUGGCCAUGAGGACAAAGUUCCCUGUUACCAAGCACCCAUUAAGGCUGUGUGCUCACAGAAAUGCUCUGCGCUACUCGACUGUGAACACCUGUGCUUAGGAAAGUGUGGUGUUUGUAAGAAAAAUGGCCAACAUGGCAAAUGUAAUGUCAGUGUUGAAUACAGCUGGCCUUGUGGCCACACUGCCAGGGUGCCAUGCCACUUAAAACCCUCUGAGAAUCCCUGUCAGAAAGUCUGCGAUGCUGUACUGGAAUGUGGACACAAGUGUAAAGGAAAAUGCUCAGAUUGUCUAGAUGGCGCUGUGCAUGUGGCGUGUGAAGAGAAGUGCCAGGAAGUUUUACCAUGUGGGCAUAAAUGUGAAGGCUACUGUGGGGUCCCCUGUGUGCCAUGUACCCAGCCCUGCCCUUCUAAAUGUGCACAUGGAUCGUGCACAACACCCAAGUCUAAAAUUGAAUGUGGACACAAAUGCCCUGACUGUUUAGAGAAAUGCUCCAUCAGCUGUCCUCAUGGUUCUUGCAUAAAAACUUGCCAUGAAAAGUGCAGCAAGGAACCUUGCAAGAAACCAUGUGAUAAGAAAGUGCACAUUUGCUCAGAGAAAUGUGGUGGGAGGAAGAACUGCAAGCUCAAGCUGCAGAACUGCAAUCACAAUUGUUUUGGAAUGUGUGGGGAACUCUGUGUGUGUGGACAUUGUGAGAAAAUAUCAGUCAUGCCACAUAAGGGAGGUAAACAAACGGAUAACACUACAAGUAGUGAUGGUAAACCCAAAGUAGACAGAGAGAAACGGCUUCUGAAAAUUCCUUCCUGUAAUCAUAUCUUUUACUUAGAUGACCUUGAUGAGUAUGUACUAACCUUUGACCCUGCAGGUACUAGUUACAUCCCCUGUCCAGCCUGUAAACAGCCAAUCACAAAGUGUGUAAGGUAUGAGAAUAUCAAUAAAGAAAGAAGCAAACGCAGAGAAGUUAAAAAAGAAGAAUUAAGGGGGAAAAACCAGUUAACCAAAACAGACCAAGAAAAAUUACUUCAGUCUAAAAGGCUGGUUGACGAUACCCAUUUCUCCAGUUUGAAAUAUAUUGAUGUGAGCAAUGCUGUUGAAAAACAAGCCCUAUGCCUUCAACUGAAAUACGCUUUUGUUCUUGGAGAAAUCUUGUCUUUGCCAAACAGCUCAUCUGAACAUAUGCAGUUGUUCAAGAAAAUGAGAGAGGCUGUGUUGAAGGUCAAGAGAAGGCUGACCAAACAACAGAGAGAAGAGUUCUCCACAGAACUUCUCAGGUGUUUUAGACUGGCGUAUCUGACUCAGAUGGAAACUGACAGCCGUCUCAAUGGGGUUGAUGUGCCGCCCAUGCUGCAGCUUCAGGUGCAGGAGAGCCUGGAGGUCCUAAGAAAAAUCAAGCCAGAUUUAGCAAAGUUUCACCGCUCAGGCUAUAUUAUUGAAACCCUGAAGAGAGUGAUUGAUGAUAGGGUGAAAUCUGUGUCGGUUAAAGCAAAAUGCCAGCUGAUGACUGAAGCUUACACAAGGGUGGAUAAGGUCAUCACUUCCAAGGAUGAUGAGAUGCUGUGUGAUAUUGUCAAGCAAGAGGAAAAAUUGACUUCCAGAUUUUCAGAUUUAUCCAUAGCAGCUCCAAGAGCUAGCUCUGCUUCUUCAAGCCUGCAUGAAAGGUUGCGUGAAAAAAUAUCUUUAGGCUUAUCAAGUCCACCAUCUACAUUACAGGAAACUUUAGCUGCAAAGAAGAAAGCUGAUUUACUGGAACGGUUAUCUGCAAGAGAGCAGCUUCUAUCGAGUUCAUCUUUAGAAAGACACAGGGAGAAACUUGCACUUAAAGAGAAGGAAAGGUCUAUGUAUGUAUCAGAUCUAAAGCAAGUAUCACGUCCUCUUGCUUCACCUUACGGUAUCAAGCAUGGGGCUCGAAACUUGGCUGAUUCUUCUGAUUCUGAUUCAGAUCUUGAGGUAGAAAGGAAUAGAUACUUAACACGCACUCGCAGAUGUUCAGGUGAUUCAGACUGAGUGAAACUUUCAAUAUUGAAAGCUGGUAAUAUCAAUUCAAAUUUUUGGUUUCAUGUAACCUAAAACUUGUACAAUACUUUUUAAAUAAUUUUAAAUGUAAUAAAGCAUAAUUAAAUAUGAUAACAUUGUAUAGAUUAAAAAUGUAAUGUUUGUUUGGUGUAUAUUUUUUAAGUUACCAAACGAUUUUGAUCUUGUAUUUCAUCAUAAAAAAAUGUGUGCUUUUCUGUUGAAAAGGUAGUUGAUAAUUAAUUAACAUUGUAAAGAAUUCUUUUUUCUUUCAAAUUUUUUCUAAUAAACAGUUUUUUAAGACUCAAAUCAUUAUA